AUGAGACCGUCUCGUCCACCUCUGCUCCUCGCCCUCGGGCUUGGCGCAGCACUCCUGCCGGGGCUGGCACUCGCCGGCCACAACUCGUCCCUGGCCCAGCUCAACACGACACUCAGCGGCAGGCUGCAGACGAGCAUCCCGCUGGCGCACUCGUGCUUCUCGCAGCCCAACGGGGCGGCGUGCGCAGCGCUCAAGAAGCAGCUGCCGUCGGCCUACUUCCGCAUCGGCAGCUACGAGGGCUUCCAGAACCUGCAGGGCGAGGCCUGCGUGGCCGACCCGGCCGACCAGUGCCUGCUGACCGAGGGCAGCCUGGCCAAGCCGUCGCCCUCGGCGCGGUGCAACCAGGGCGUGCUGUCGCGCAACUUCGUCGAGGUCACCGGCCCCGCCGACGUGCAGGCCGUCUUGGCCUACUCCCGCGCCACCGGCACCCCCCUCUCCAUCAAGGGCAGCGGCCACGACUACAACAUGCGCAGCAGCCGCCGCGGGUCGCUAGCCAUCUGGACCCGCGGCCUGCGUGACACGGCCUUCCACCCGUCGUUCGUCGCCGACGGCUGCCCGCCGGCCACGCACCCGCGACAGGCCGUGACCUUCGGCGCCGGCGUCACCAUGACCGAGGCCAUGACGUUCGCCCACGCCCACAACGCCACCUUCCCGGCCGGCAGCUCGGCGACGGUCGGCGCGUCGGGCGGCUGGGCGCUGAACGGCGGGCACAGCGUACUGUCCCCCGGCUUCGGCCUCGCCGCGGACCGCGUGCUGCAGUUCGCCAUCGUGACGCCCGACGGCCAGCACCGCAUCGCCAACGCCUGCACCAACCCGUCGCUCUUCUGGGCGCUGCGCGGCGGCGGCGGCGGCGCCUUCGGCGUCGUCCUCAGCUCGACUCACGCCGCCGAGCCCGACGGCCCCGUCACCAGCGCCAUCAUCUCCUUCCCCGGCACGCCGGCCACACUGAACCCGUGGAUCUCCCUCUUGGCCGAGCACGCGCCUGCGUGGACCCGCGCCGGCUGGGGCGGGCCCUCCGCGGCCAACCUGUCGUUCCUCGUCAACCCGUUCGCCGCCGCGGCCGCCGAAUCCGACCUCGCGCCCGCCAUCGCCUUCGCGCGCGCCCACGGCGGCGCCGCAGCCGUCCAGACCUACCCGUCCUUCUUCGACUACUGGGCCGCGACCAUCAACGCGUCCUCGGCCACGCCCGAGCCCGUCAGCACGGCACUCUUCGCGACGAGCCGCAUCGUGCCGGAGUCGGUCUUCCUCAACACCUCUGCACGCGCAGCACUCGUCGGCGCGCUCGUUGCGACGGCGACGGACCUCGGGCUGGCGACCUACUUCAUGGCCGACCUGCCGCUGCGCUGGGCGCAGAGCCAUCCUGCCGCCGAAGCAGAUACCGCGCUGCCGGCCGCGUGGUACAGCUCCGUGUGGCACGUGGUCGCGUACGCGCAGUGGGACGGCGGCGCGCCGCUCGCGCAGCGCAGGGGCGCGGUGCAGCUGCUGAGGAACGCGACGCGGAUUCUAGGCCGUGCUGCGGGGCCGGACGCGUGCACGUAUGCGAACGAGGCCGAUCCGUGGCUCGACGACUGGGCGGCGCAGUUCUGGGGGGACAAGUAUGAGAGGCUGGUGCAGGUCAAGAGGAGUGUGGAUCCCGACGGGCUGCUGAGUUGUUGGCAUUGUGUUGGGUGGGACGCGUCGCUGCCGGGGUACGAGUGUGUCGAGGGGCUGGCUGUGUGA